CAUUCAACAGGAGGCAAGUGGUGGAUGCGGAUGGAAACUUAUACUUCGUAUUUGCCAUCUUCACCAAAGUAGAGGCAUGCACUCAAAGCUAAAAUUCUAAAUGUGAUGCGUUCAGGCGACUGCGGUGGAGUCGAAGCUGACAGGUCUUUUUAUUCAAAGUUGAGAUAAUUUUUACUGGCGUAUUGCGGAUAGGUGCGUUGCGCGCGGUGGUGCAGCUAACUACUCUGUUUCUCUAAAGAUUUCAAGGACACAGCCUGAAAAAAUACUUAUUCCACAGUAGGAAGUGACAACAGAAGUCACAAUGGCAGCUGUGGCACUCAAUGGAUCGAACACAACAACGGGGAACUUUACGAAUCAGUUUGUUCAGCCGCCUUGGCAAGUUGCCCUGUGGUCGGUCGCCUACAGCUCCGUUUUGGCGGUGGCUGUGUUCGGAAACCUCAUCGUCAUAUGGAUAAUUCUCGCCCACAAACGAAUGCGGACAGUCACCAACUAUUUCCUUUUGAACUUGGCAUUUUCGGACGCAUCCAUGGCCGCCUUCAACACAUUAAUUAAUUUCAUAUAUGCUGCCCACGGAGACUGGUACUUCGGAGAGGCUUAUUGCAGGUUUCACAACUUUUUCCCUGUCACCUCCGUGUUCGCAAGCAUCUAUUCGAUGACUGCAAUUGCUGUUGAUAGGUACAUGGCCAUCAUCCACCCUCUGAAGCCACGGCUGUCGGCCACAGCCACCAAGGUGGUGAUCAUGUGUAUCUGGGCGCUGGCUGUGGUGCUGGCCUUCCCCCUCUGUUUCUACUCCACCAUCCGCAUCCUGCCCCGCCGGACCAUCUGCUAUGUGGCCUGGCCCCGCAAGGAGGACGACCCCUUCAUGUUUCAUAUCCUUGUGAUGCUACUGGUCUACCUACUGCCCCUAAUGGUAAUGGGCAUCACCUACACCAUCGUCGGGGUGACACUGUGGGGGGGAGAUCCCGGGGAUUCAUCUGACAACUACCACGGCCAGCUCCGGGCCAAGAGGAAGGUGGUCAAGAUGAUGAUCAUUGUGGUGGUGACCUUCGCCCUCUGCUGGCUGCCGUACCACGUCUACUUCAUCGUGACGGGCCUCAACAAGGCUCUGAUGAGGUGGAAGUCCAUCCAGCAGGUCUACCUGUCAGUGAUGUGGCUGGCCAUGAGCUCCACCAUGUACAAUCCCAUCAUCUACUGCUGCCUCAAUAGCAGGUUCCGGGCUGGCUUCAAGCGGGCGUUCCGCUGGUGCCCCUUCGUCCAGGUGUCCAGCUAUGAUGAGCUGGAGCUGAGGGCCACCCGUCUCCACCCGGCCCGCCAGAGCAGCAUGUACACCCUGUCCCGCAUGGAUACCUCCGUGGUAGUGGUGUAUGACCCUGUAGACGGAACAAACAACCAGAACCAGGCCAGGAAGAAGAGCUACGUCAACCAGAGAAUGGAAAAUGGGCUUGGUUGCAAUGGGAAUGGGGCCAAGGCUAAGGCAGGCUGCGCCCCCAAUGCUGAGGCUGAGGACUUCUCCUAAAGGGGGGCAUACUGGAUGCAGACACACACUGUCAGGCAUGAGCAAACACACAGGCAUGUGUGUACAGUACAUGCAGAGACGGGUGGACAUUACAAACAUACAUACACGCUUGUCCCUGUCAAUACACACACAUGCAAACACACACUUUUUAAAGGGUUCAGAGAAUAUCGCUGAAAACACAUUUUAGAUGAGAAGCAGGAAUUCAUUGUCAAACAUAACCAUCAGAUAGCAUAUUGUUGUUCGGUCUGUAAUACUAUGAAAAUCACUGAAGUGUACUGUAUAUAAAAACAUCCAUAAGAAAAAAAGAUUUACAAAAAAUGCCUGGCCAAGUAACAUCCUUAAUGCAAUGGCUACUGAGUGUUUAAAACAUGAUGAACACCUGCUCUUUCCAUGACAGACUGACCAGGUGAAUCCAGGUGAACGAUAUGAUCCCUUAUUGAUCCACUUCAAUCAGUGUAGAUGAAGGGGAGGAGAACGGUCAAAGAAGGAUUUUGCUGCGGGGGUUUUUCCACGCUCAACGUUUCCCGUGUGUAUCAAGAAUGGUCCACCACCCAAAGGACAUCCAGCCAACUUGACACAACCGUGGGAAGCAUUUGGAGUCAACAUGGGCCACCGUCCCUGUAGAAUGCGUUCGACACCUAGAUUCCAUGCCCCGAUGAAUUGAGGCAAUUCAAUAUUAGGAAGGUGUUCUUGAUGUUUUGUACACUCCGCUCCAAAAGUAUUUGGCCAGUGAAAAUGUGUUUGCUGUUUUGGCUCUGUACACCAGCACUUUUGGAUUUGAAAUGAUAUGAGGUUAACGUGCAGAUCGUCAACUUGAAUUUGUUGGGUAUUUUCAUCCAUAUCGAGUGAACCGUUGAGACAUUACAGCACUUUUAGAUUCUCUCUGCUACAGUAGGUACCAGAGAGAAAACAUUUUCUGGAGCAACCUAUAUCUUUAGGUAGUGUGUCCAUAGCUACCAUUUGUAGCAGUGUGUUUUAGCUGUAGUCUUAUGUGAUGUAUAGAAUGACUGGUCUCAUUUUAAACAAACUACAACCGACAAAGACUUCAUAUAGCAUACUGAAGUGUAGACUGUCAGCUUUAAUUUGAGGGUAUUUCCAUCCAUAUUGGGUGAACUGUUUAGAAAUGACAGCAUUGUUUGAUUAUGCACAAAUACCAUAACCCCUCAAAAAUGCUAACCUCCCCUGUUAUUGUAAUGGCGAGAGGUUAGCAGUAAUGGUGAGAGGUUAGCACAUUCUUCUCUGUCUUCAGUAGCAGGCUUAAAAGAAACAGAGUGGACAAGUAGAUGAGCAAUGGCUUAUGGUCAUUGUAGUUAAUCACCACCUUUUAUGCACUAAACUAUGUGGAAUAUUGGCAUGUUGGAAACUACAACUCCCUACUAUAUUGCACAGUUGUGCAAUGUGCACAUUGAGCUCACAGAAAACCUCAGAAAUAAAUGGAAUUCAAAUAAUUGAACUGACUUUGGUCAAUUAGUGGUUUUAGAAACUGAAAAAAGAAUCUACAUCUCGGUUAAUUGCUCAGCACUACAAAUACUAAACUUGUAAGUACAUUUUUCCCACUGCUUUUGGUCCCCUAAAAUGGGAGGAGUAUGUACUGUACAAGAAGUGCUGUAAUUUCUAAACGAUUCACCUGAUAUAGAUGCACAUACCCCCAAAUUAAAGCUGACAGACUGAAUUUUAACGGCAUUGUCAUUGUAUCAUUUCAAAUCCAAAGUGCUGACGUACACAGCCAAAACAGCAGAAAAUGUGUCCCUGUCGCCAUACUUAUGGAGCUCACUGUAUAUAACAUAUUGUAUAUUACGAAAUACUGUAUAGAUUUGAAACAAUGUACAGAGUUCAUGUGAAGAGCGACAGCAUGCUACGUCAUCAACGUAUGGUUUACGCAAUAAUGUUGGCCAGUAUUCCAUUUUACAAUGAUGUGCUGGGGGGGAAACAGGCAGAAUCCAUGCCUCGCUGACGACGGUUCUUCUGUAUGCACGUUCCGCAUUGAGCUGAAUGAUCCUUUCUCAUCACACACACACACACACACACACACACACACACACACACACACACACAUACAUACAUACAUACAUACAUACAUACAUACAUACAUACAUACAUACAUACAUACAUACAUACAUACACACACAUCAGCACGGUGGGAGAUUUACAAUUAACAUGCCAUGGAGGGGCCCAUAAAAUACACACGGACACCUCGGAGUACACCUAAACAUUCCCUCCUUUGAUCUUUUGCUUACGGAACUAUGAUUGAAACACUGGGCUUGCCGUGUUAGUUUCUGGGUCAUGCUAUUGUAAACUGUAUAGGCUAGACGACCGUGUGCCAGAUCCUCAUGUGCCGCUCUAACAUCAGCACAUUUGAUUGACCUGUGUUUUAAGACAUAGGCUUGCUAAGAGAGAGAACAUUUUCUGGAGCAACCGAUAUCUUUACGGUAGUGUGUCCGUAGUUACCAUUUGUGGCAGUGGCUUUUAGCUGUAGUCUUACGUCAUGUAUAGAAUGACUGGUCCCAGUUUAAACAAACUGCGACUUUUUAUAAAGGCUUCAUAUGGCAUACAUACGGUCUUCGUAAGCACGGCACAGAUUCUACGGCACGGCACAGACUGUCAAGUCUUAUGUCAUGUAGUUACAUCCUGUAUAGAAUGACCAAAGUAUCCGUCUAUCCCUCCAUUAUGCCCCAGUUGUAACCUCUUUAGCCACUUAGUGAUUUCCAAUGGAAAAAACUGUUGAUUAAACGCGCCAGUAAGAAAUAUCUUUGUUAAUUGACUUUUGAUGGCAUGCCAUCGCUGCAGUGAAUCUGGUUUGAUUACCAAAUGGUCCCUCAACUUUUUUCCCCCCAUAGUCCCGUGCGUGUGCAAGUGCGUGUCCUUGUGUGUGAGUGCAUGUGAGAGUACACGUGUGUGUGUGUGUGUGUGUGUGUGUGCGUGUUAGGUGUUAGUGUGUAUGCACAUUGUUUUUCCUCCAUAGUCCUACAUGGUCAACAUUAGGCCACCAUUGGCAACAAAGCAAACUAACGACCACACAAAUGUGCACGUAAAUAACUAGCUAAUUGUUUAUUUAAAGCGGCGUCAUUGAUCUGAAUCCGAAUGCUUAGAACAGCGUAAAUAGAUGCCCAUUUGUUACUGCUAAUGUUUUAAAGCAGUGUCCAUGUUUUUCUAUGUUUGGGUAGCUUUGUGGUUGAUACACGCUUUCAAACACGAAAACACGUGCAGGGAAAACUGAUGUGGAAUGGAAUGAAAGUAGCAGAUGACAAUUGCUCGUCUUUGUUUUUUAGCUGCCCACCUCCUUUUAUUUUGCCUUCAUAUUCCCAUUGAGAAUAACAUCACCUCCUGCUGCAUUGUACGUACAUAUAGUACUGUAGCUUUGAAAGAAAUGGCCACAAUGAGGUUUUUAUACGAUCACAGUGUUUAGAUGUGUGUAUGUGCAUGUGCCCACGGAGCAGAGUUUUCAUGAUCACAGUGUGUGUGUGUGUGUGUGUGUGUGUGUGUGUGUGUGUGUGUGUGUGUGUGUGCGUCCACAGUACAGUGGUUAUAUAUGACCACAGUGUUUAGAAUCUAGAUGUCAGGUAAAGCCUUGGGCCAUCAAUUAGAGGGGUGGUAUUUCUCCCCUGUGUGUGUGUGUGUGUGCUUGCGUGCAUGUACUAUAUAUAUAUGUGUGUGUGUAAUCCUUCUGGGUUUAAAUCAAGUGCUGGCACUAGCACCAGGCGUCUCUUCAGCCUUUGUCUUGUUUGGCUCGACACUCCAACAAGAGAAUAACCACGUUUGGUUUAGGGUAUUUCUUCCCCUGACCAACGAGCCAUGUUCUACCCAAUAGCCCAGCGCAGUAUGAAGACAUUACAUACCAUAGCUCAGGUUCCACGGCUGUCUGAUAGGGGGUCUCUAGGGGGUCUUCUGCCAACUCCCUCAUGGGGCAAAGAUGAUUCAAAGCCUGAUGCACCGGUCUUACCUUGGCCCCCCAAGGCCCUUGUAUUCGGUGAAGUGUUGUAUUUUGUCACAGUUUGAAUUGAAAUGUAAUGGUUUUUUUUCUCCAGAUGACAGACUACCCACCUGUGGCCCUCAGCUUGACUUAAAGAUAACAUGAAAAUAACAGCUGUGUGGAUGGAGAAGAAAAAAACAGCCGGUAGUAAAGGUAACAAACUGUAGGCACAACGAGUCACAUUCAAUAGCGUUAUCAAAUGUGACGGAAUGUACUUAUUUAGUGUAAUAGUUGAGCAUGAUACCUCAUUUUAAAGCAGUGCAUUUAUGCAAUAAAAUGUGAGGAUUGGAGUCAUUCUAGAAAAUGCUAUGGUGAUACAGAGGCAGGAAUUUGGCACGAUGUUGUAACGGCAGAGAGCAGGUCACUCGAAUGACAUUAAGAGCAUUCUAACUUUGAUCAAAGACAUUUUCUCGAUGUUCUUUUCGUGACACGCACUUUCAUGUGCUUGUUUUGACAUGAGCUAAUGUGACCAUUCGAUUUGAUAGGGAUGUGAAUGCAUAUAUUACAGUGAGAUCAGGCUAGAUUCAGUUUAAUAUCGCCAUUCAUCUUCUCUGCGAGGAUUCCUUCCAACGUUUCCCUAGACGUGAAGUCAACACGGUCUUACCAGAAUAUGUGAAGAUAGUGACGUUAAACCACUGUAGUUAUAUGCCACUUAAGCUUUUGUAUUAGUUGUAAUAUCACUUACAAUGACAUGACUUACCUAAUCUGAUGUAUUACUUGUGGGUCACUUAUUGUUCUAAUGUCAUUGUAAAGACGCCAUUGUCUCAGAUUAGGGACAGGUUGUCCUAAUGUUCUAUAACGUCAACAUUCUGACAUAUUUCUAAUGAGGUGUGUCUGGUGUAGUGUUGCUGGGGAGUGCCAAUAGAAUGUUCUAUAACGUCAACAUUCUGACAUAUUUCUAAUGGAGGUGUGUCUGGUGCAGUGUUGCUGGGGAAUGCCAAUAGAAUGUUCUAAGCCUUUAUGAAAGAAUGUAAAGAAACGUUAGAGACGUUAUGUUUCAAGAAUGUAAAGAAAUACUGUAUUUGCGUCGUGUAUUUCAUUACGUGUUGUCAUAGUGUGUUUUAGCUACAGUUUUUAUCAUUCAAUGGCAAAUCAAGCUUUUCAUCGAUACUCCAAGUGUUUUGAUACAGUGUUGGUAUUCAUUAAGAUAUGGUUUGAUACAACAAGAAGCAAAAUACAGCAACAAACGGGGGGGGGAUAAAAUGUUGUGAUGUCAGUCGUCCUUUGUGUAUUUGUGUUGCUGAAGACAAUGUUUUAGGUUUAAUGUAUAACUAAUGGUGCCUCUAUCAAAUGGUAGGUCUUUUUGCUUUGCAGCUGUCCAGAUUUAACUGAUUUGAUAACACUUAAAUGUAAAGGGCCCUGAAUAAGGAUAUACCACAGGGUAAUCAGUCAUCACACCUUCACAGUGCUAAUGGCAGCAGACAAUAUGCAACAAACUCCCAGUUGACCAAUGCUGCGUAGUGACUUAACAUUGGCAUAAGAUAUUAUGAAUGUUCAUGUAGUGCUUAUAAAGUUGUAAAUGUGAUGCUUAUGCAUGUGGUACAAAGUAUUUCUGCUCAGCCUCUUCUAAAGUUAGUUUUAUAUGGGCCAGUUUCGUGUAGCCAGAUUAAGUUUAUUAACGGACUCAAAAUGUGCUUUGAAUAGGCUUAAUCUAGGUAUGUGAACCCAGCCUGCACUAAACAGUAUUGUGCUGCUAUCAAUGUACAACAUUCUGUCUUAGCUCAAUGUCAAGGGUCUGUCUAUGGUCUUAUCGUGAAUGUUUACAUCUACACAACCAAAAAUAUCGAAUUUACAACACUUUAUUGUAAUUCAUUCCAAAUUGAAGAAACAUACACUUGGAAAAUACUGUUUGCUUAGAUUGAAAAGUGUUUAUGAGUUACAUGUACAUUUACAAGCAGGAUAAGAACAGUGACAAGCAGCAUAUGUAUAACUUGCAGUGUUUCACAGUGUUAACAGUAGCACAGGGCCUUCCAAUUUAAGACGUGUGAUCAUAAAUCAAUACAUUCAAUUCUGUACAUUGUGAACAGUUUUGUGUUCGUUGUUUAUGACCAACUGGUGGAGUUUUGGUUGACUUUCGUCACAACAUGGACUUUGUCAUUGUCAAUGGAAAGUGAUCCUGUAAAUAAAAUAGUUUUAUGUUCUU